GCCGCGGCGGCCCCGGGGCGAGGCGGAAGGGCGACGCCGCCCGGGCGGGCGCUCGGAGGCCGCCGGCGGAGCCCUCUCCCCGCUCGGAGCCGCCGCAGCUCGGCAGCCGGUUCCCCUCCCCGCCACCCCAAGCCGGGCCAUGCCGCAGCCCGGCCCCGGCGAGGCGGCCGGCCGCGUUAGGGAGGCGGCGGGGAGGGACCCGCUGGCCGCCGACCUGCGGUGCAGCCUCUUCGCCGCCGCGCUGCAGAGCUACAAGCGCGACUCGGCGCUCAGGCCCUUUCCCGGCCGCUACGCCGGCGGCGACACCAAGGACUUCGAGGCGUUGCUUGCAGAUACCAAUGCGCUACCAAGCCUGAAAGAACUUCUAGAGUCCGUUCCAAACACAGAGAAAAGGACCUGGGAUUUAUUUAGUUGGAUUUUAUCAUCUAAGGUCUUAAUGAUACAAAGUACUAAAAAACAAGAGUAUGAGAAGAUACAAGAACUCACGGGGAUGUCUGGUGCUGCUGUUCCUGCUCCAGACUUCCUAUUUGAGGUUGUGUAUUGCGACCAAAUGAAUACCAAGUUUGCCGAGACCAAGGGUGAGCGGGACCUCAUCUAUGCCUUCCACGGUAGCCGCCUCGAGAACUUCCAUUCCAUUCUGCACAACGGCCUGCACUGCCACUUGAACAGGACGUCCCUGUUUGGUGAAGGUACCUAUCUCACCAGUGACCUGAGCCUGGCUCUCCUCUACAGCCCUCACGGUCUUGGUUGGCAGCGAAGUGCGUUGGGCUCUAUCCUUAGCUGCGUAGCUGUUUGCGAGAUCAUCGACCACCCAGAUGUAAAGUGCCAGGUGAAAAAGAAAGAUUCAGAAGAAAUAGACAGAAAAAGAGCAAGAGUGAAAAACAGUGAAGGGGGUGAUGUACCACAGAAAUACUUUGUUGUCACAAAUAAUCAGCUUUUACGAGUUAAAUACUUACUAGUAUAUUCACAGAAACAGCACAGGAGGCCUUCAGGUCAAUCUUCCUGGUUUUCCACCCACCGUUUUGCCGUAAUGAUGAUGCUGUACCUACUGCUGCUAAUGGUGAUCGGGGCCAGCAACUCGCCAGCCUUCCUCUACUACUGGCACAGAAUGUUUGACUCAGAGGGAUGAGUUGCCUAAGAAGAUAAACUGUUAUUUUCACUACGUGCCUUAAUAAUAGCAAAUCCACAGAUGCGCUGCAUCUCUUCCAGAUCUGGAAAUAAAGGUGCCUGGAGCUUUCCAGUUCCGUCUCCGCUAUAUUAUCCUCAUGGUAUCUUUCUAUUUACUGUUUCUGUAUUCCUGUGAUUCAUGAGGAUGCUCGGCACAGCUGAAAAGGAUCACGAUGGUGCAGCUUAGCAUGAACCAAUUGUUGAGGGGCCAUGGGAAAAAAAGUGAUUUAAAAUUAAUGAAAGCUAAGUGUGGAAACACUCUGGUGUAACUAUUUUCUGUCAAACUGAGGUAGUAAUAUCUGCACAAGUUGGAAAAGAGGAUUUUUCUGUAUGUCAGUGGGUCUUACCGGUUUGUUUUCAGAAACUGUGUUUAGUGAUGUUUGGCACGUCUCAGCACAGAUGGGAUCACGGUUAAAACCAACUUUGUUUCUGACCGGGAAUUUUUAUAUUUGAGCAUAAUGAUUGUAAGAAAAGAACAUGAAAUAAAACAGCAACCAAAAUGGAAAAACUUAA